AUGAAGUUCACCCUCGCUUCCACCCUCCUCCCCCUCCUGGCCGCCGCUGCCCCCGCCCAGCAGCGCGACUCCAACUCUUCUACUCCCUCUACCUUCGGCAUCAUGUCCGCCCGCUCUGGCUCCCCCAUCCACCUCCUCCCCUUGAACGCCAACAGCGGUGGUUUUUACCUGGGCGGAAACACUUCUUCUUACUGCCCCAUCUCUUCCGGCUGCCCCGCUGGUACUGAGACCGUUUUUGCUGGUGAUGGCUCUGCUUUGGACGUCGAAGUCCCCGGCGGCCAACAAGUCUACGUCGCCCCCAGCGGUGCCCUGACCUUCACCGUCCCCCACUCGGCCUACAUCCCCGCUGGCUCUUCCACCGGCCCCUUCAAGUACACCCCCGGCAAGCCCUUCGGCACCUGGACUUUCACUGGUGCCGGUGCCACGGGCUUCAUGGCUUGCCCGGACGAGGGUAACAAGUGGCAGGUGUUUGCCGCUACGAAGAAUGCUACUGUGCCUAGUGGCAAUGUUGCUGACUGCUUGGGCUUUGAUGCCUUGGCUGUUGCUACUAAUGGUUCGGUUGCUGCUUGGGAGUACAUCUGAAUGAGUACUAUCUGGUAGUGGUAGGAUAAUAGUGGGGUAGAAUGGGGGAUGGGGUGGUUUAUAGUUGUGGUGUGUAUAGAGUGGAAUAGUAGGGUUUGUGGUUGUUUUGUAUAUGUAUGUAUGUUAAUGUCAUUAAUGAUUCGUUGAUGUUGUGAUUGAUUGGGUUUAUUGUAAUAUUUGGUGGGAGGGAGUAUAUUUAUUAUGAUAUUGUCAGUCAUAACAGUGUCAUGCGUUCUAUAAUAUAGUACGAAGUAGAGUGUAAAUAGCUUAUGGGUAUGGUAUGGUUAAUUCCUCCAUAUCCGCACCGCCUUGUCCUUCCCCCCACUUCCCACCUUCUGUCCAUCCGGACUCCAAUCCACCGCAAAUACCUCGU